AUGUCGCAGCCCCGAACACGACCAAUUCAGAAGCUCGCCGCGGCAGUCGCAAAAUGCAAUACCGAGGCGGCGGCGUACGGGAGGUGUGUGAUCGAGGACUAUAAUGAUGUGCAUAGGGAUAAAUGUGCAAAGGCGUUUAUGGCGCUGAAGAAUUGUGUGGUUGUGGCUUCGAAGCUUUUGAUUGGGAAUUCAAUUGCUGGUGGGUGUAUAUAUAGUUACAAGAAACGGCCAGUGCAAUGA